AUGGGGGGCCCCCUUGUCGGGGUUGGAUAUCUGUGGCUAAUAGUUAAACUUUGGGUUAUUUGCCUCUUUUUUACCAGCGUCCCCUCCUCGCAUGCCCUGCAUCUGCUGCAAACACCCCCCACAUGGGGGGCCCGUCUGCAACAGUACCCAAAGGGCCCCCCCUUACCCUCUGUUGGCUCUGUAAAACGCAAGGCGAAACAGUGGAAGGGGGCCCCCUUGACAUUUUUAAAUACUUUUGGAGGUCCCCAGCAGGUGGCCUCCCCCUGUGGGCCCAUAAUCCCCUACAGUCUGGCUGCGAGCCCUCUCCACCUCAAAGCAAAUUGGCGGGGUACCAUAGGGGUCCAGAGGCUCCAGGAUCCCCUGGGCUCCUUGGGGGUCCCUACGGAGGGAAGCCCUAGGGGCCUCCGUAGUCUUUUGAGUCCAUUGUCUGCCAAAGGUGGGGCCCGUGGCUCCACUAGGGGUGCAUCCAAACGGAGACAGCGGGAGCAGCAAAGGUCUGACAGCAGCAACAACAGCAGCAGCAGCAGCGGGAGCAGCAGCAGGAGCGGGAGGGAGAAGGAUUGUCUGAACCUUGCAGGUCGUGUAGUAGCAUGUCUCCCUGGAGGUCGUUUUAAGGUACAAUUGGAGGCAGCAGCAGCAACAGCAGCAAGAGCAGCAGGACUUGGUCCUGUAUUUGGUGACAAUUUAGAGGCAACAGGGGCAUUAAAAGAUAUAAUGGUUAUGUGCUCUCUUAGUGGCAAAUUACGUAUUAAUCGGGUGUACGUACACCUCUACGACUUCGUCGUUAUUCAGGCAAAUCCUCUCGCGCCACAAGAAGGAAGAAUUGUCUUUAGAAUUAAAGAUAUUCCUUCAGAUCCUGCUGCUGCUGCUGCUGCUGCUGCUGCUGCUCCUGCUGCUGCUGCUGCUGCUGAUGAUGAUGAUACUGAUGAUGAUAUUGAUUAUGAUGAUGAUGAUGAUGAUGAUGAUGAUGAUGAUCUCUAG